UGGAUCGGCAGAGUGGAAACAGAGAUUGCAAACAUUUCGUGUGUGUGUGAGAGAAAUUUUUUCGAAAAGACUUCAACACACUUGUUUUUCAAGGGGUGGUGUCGUUUUCCUUGUGUGGAAUUUGCUUCUUUUGAAAGUGGUGGUAUCCUAUAUAAAUCUAGAUCUAGAUCAAGUUAUCGGCGGCAGCAUGAAAUAAAUCGCAGUGUUCGGAACAAAAUUCAUGAUACAUUUUUAUGAGACAAUUGACUUCUAAAAGAAAAGUUCUUCUCCUACUUUUAAAAGUCUUUGACCCAACAAAGCUCUUCCUAGGCUAGAUCUAGGUUCUAGGUUUUUUGUCCAGAGAUCUCUUGUCUCAGAUCGCUGUUAUAACUUUUUUCCCUAGAGUUUUUAUUUUCUUUUGAAGAAACCACUCUCGACUGAAAAGAGUCAAGAUGAUGCAAAUCACAGAUUUCCAGAAAAUUGGCGUUGGGCUUGCAGGAUUUGGUAUAGCUUUUCUGUUCCUGGGCAUGCUCUUGUUUUUCGACAAGGGACUACUGGCUAUUGGGAACAUUCUCUUCAUCUGCGGCCUGGCAUUUGUGAUUGGCCUGGAGCGAACGUUUCGCUUCUUCUUCCAGCAGCACAAGCUCAAAGCCACGGGGUUCUUCGUCGGAGGAAUGUUCAUCGUCUUGAUAGGAUGGCCCAUGAUCGGCAUGCUGGUGGAGCUCUAUGGGUUCUUCCUCUUGUUCAGUGGAUUUUUCCCAGUGGCUGUUAACUUCCUCAGGCGGGUGCCAGUUGUGGGCACCAUUUUGAACUUGCCAGGAAUUCGUUCGAUAGCGGACAAGGUCGGAGAGUCCAACUCAAUGGAUGGGGGUGUGUGAUAACGCCUUACCCGCCUACUUGCAGCAUCGCCGAGACAGCCAAACAUUCGCCUUUUGUUCCGCUUCCUGUUUGUUGUUUGUUUGCUAGUGUGUUUGUUGUUGGUUUGCCAGUAUGAACGGGUGGGGUUGUAGUGUGUGUGUGUGUGUGCGUGUGUGUGUGUGUGUGUGUGCGUGUGUGUGUGUGUGU